GACCGGAACAGAUGAUAGUUUCUCUUCAGGACUUUAAAAUAUUUUCAAAUUAAAACAAGAUAAAAGUUUAAUCCGGGUUUUUUUUUUUUACUUGAAUUAACUCUGACGUCAGAGCAGAGAUGAAGUUGUUUUAAUUACCUGUGACGUCACUUCGAUGAGAGGGGCGUGCCUGAGUCCAAAGAUGCCGCGCGCCGGGAACUCCCCUCCUCAGUCAGCGCGCAAGUCUCAGCUGGAGGCAGUCCGGAUCCGAACCGGAACUUUCUGCUUCCCCCCAGCAGCUUGUUUGUUUGUUUGUUUGUUUGUGUCGUUAUGUGGGCGCGAGCUGUGCUGUGCGCGGCGCUGCUGUCCGCGCUGUGUCCCGAGGCGAGUACGGAAGCCGAGCGGGACCAGAGGGAGGUCCAGGACUACCAGAACCCCAACAGACUGUUUGGAGCUCUGCAGGAGGUUCUGGAGCGGCUGCAGACCAAGAGGAUCAACCCCUGGGAGAAGAAGUACGGCCAGGUUCCCUCGUGUGACCUCGGCGAGCACUGCGCCAUCAGGAAAGGCUCUCGGAUCGGGAAGAUGUGCGACUGUCCUCGAGGAGCCUUCUGUAACUUCUUCCUGCUGAAGUGCUUAUGAGCCAAACAAGAGUUGAUUUUAAAAACUGUGGAUUUUCUAUGAAAACAACCUCCCAGAGUCCGUCUGUAGUUUACAGUGACUGUGUCUGAUUCUGUAAUAAAACAUGUUUCUGCUUCAGAGAA